GACUCUGCUAUCAAUCACGCCUUACUGUUUUGUUCCUGCUGCUACAGACAGUUGCUCGGUUGGCAUGAAAAUAAUAACACUAACUAUGGAUAUUGGGAUCUAAUUGAUUAAAUAUAUGCCUUAUUAAAGUCAUCCCUUGAAGACACUUCCCCAGAUUCUUCACGGAGAUACAAAUGGCCAAAAAUGCCAGAAAAUUCCGGAAUGAAGACAUAAAUCCUUGCAUUGACGAAAGCGAUGCCUCGCAGAAGUGUAUGGAUACUUCUAACUAUAAUAAGGAUAUGUGCACAGUCUACUUUCAGAGAUACAAGAACUGCAGGAAAUAUUGGCACAACAUAAUGUUGCACAGGAGGAGUGAGGGUGUAAAGCCGGACAUGCCCACUGCUACAGAAAGGCAGGAGAUUCUCUCUGGCAUUGGAGGGAAGCCAUAUUGAGGAGCCAUGAAGUUUAUACAGAGACACCAGGGGUUUGGCGGAGCUUCUGCUGUUGCUGAAACACUGCACGCUUCGUCGAUUCUGAGACGUCUUGCGAAGACAAAAACCAUGAGAGCAAUUUUUUGGAAACAAUGUCAUGUCGUUGUAAUUAGUUAUAUCUAAGCAUUUUUCUUUUUGUAGAAAUGAAUGUACAUCCAGUAAACUUUCUCGAUCAAA